AUCCCAGGCCUCUGAAGCUCAGUUCAUUACAAAUGCUAAUGUCCACGCAGGGAGAGGAAACCACAUCAGCAUUCAGCAUCCACACAGACAUUGCUCAUGCUUUUAUUUAUGGUUGUCACUGAGUCCCCUCAGCAGUGUGCCAGCUCUCUGUUUGUGUUGUAACUUUAGCUGCUUUAUGUGCUUUCAUGACUAGCUAUGUUAUGUACCCACAGGCAAUUUGUGUUUUCAAACUGUGUCUGGUGAGAUAAGCAGCCACACUUCUGAUCUUGAAUCAGGAACCAUUUGGUUCACAUUCAGAUCAGGCAGAACGAGUGUUUUUGUAGGUGAGUCCAGGAUUAGAUUCACCUGCCAUCGUUAAGUCUUUUUACUUCAGUUGGUGUGAUCAACUUAUUCAGUCAGCCAACAAAUAUUUAUUGAAUACUUACCAUGUGCCAGACAUUGUUUUAGGCACUGGAGAUUAACAGUGAACAGAGCCCUACCAUCAAGAUGGGAACAGGGGAGACAGUAAACAAAGAAGUAUGUAAUAUGUCAGUCAGGAUAGGCUAGAUUAUUUGUAACAAUGAACAACCCAGUAUCUCAGUGGCUUAAGACAACAAAGUUUGUUUCUCACUUACCCUGCAUGUUCAUUGCAGGUCAGCUGGGGGCUGCGCUUUGUGCAGCUUCACCCCGGGACCAGACCCUCUGGAGCAUGGAUCAUCUUGGCGGCAGCAGGAGAAGACAGAGUGGUGAAUUGCAUGCACACUGGCUCUUAAAGCUUAUGCCUGAAAGUGACACAGGACACUUCUACUCACAGGACAAAGCAAAUCAUGUGGCUGCACCCAGCUUCAGAAGCUAUGAAACUGGAUAUUCCAUUCAAUGUGCUCUUCAGCUGGUCAGGAAACACAAACAUUUUCUGAAGGGCUGGCUGAGUGUGUGUAAUCUCCUGCUGGCAUCUGUGGGCCCACAGCUGAACAGGAGAGCAAAGAGGCACGGAGUGAGCCAAACAGCAAGAAGACUGAAUUCUGUCAACUCUUUCUUGUUACUCGGAUUCUCUUUCAUCACCCACGCUUCAGAACUUUUCUAUAUGAUGUCCAUCCACACGGUUAUAACCCUGGCAUGGCCUGUGCUCCAGUCCCCAAGAAAGAUGACACUUGGAUUAAAGUGGAAAAGCCCUGUUUUCUAGCUGUGACCUAGAAGAGAAGGCUCUCACCCCUGAGGGGGACAGAAGAUUUGCUAGCCAGGACCCUGCGAGCCCAGUGCCGGCACUGCCCUGGACAGGCUCAUGAGCACAAAUGAAUGCUUAGCUCCAAGCUCCAGAAGCCUGGGAGAAGCAGAGGCCUGUCAGGCCUGGAGAUCAUGUUUGCCUCACUGUGGCAAAUCCCUCGGGGCAGGGGGAGGCUGGAGGUCAGCGGAACCCAAAGCAGUUUCUGGAUCAGAAUCUCUGAGCCCACAACCCAGGUGCCCAGGCCCCACACCCAGAGAUUCUGAGGUGGGGGCAGAGCUCCUGUGUAUUUUUGUUUGAGUCUACCGGCAAACAGGUUCUUCUACACCUUGAAAAGCGGAGUGUAAUCUAUAUAAUUUGGCAGUAACUAUUUGAAAAGCUUGUGCCCUUUCACCUAGUAAUUUCACUUCUAAGAAUUUCCUCUUCAGUGAUAUGUGCAUGUCAUGUGAAACGGAUCGGCCGCGAGGACAGGCGAUGCAGCAGUGUUUAUAACAGCAAAGGCUAGAAACCAGCCACAUGGCCGAAAAGGGUCUGAUGUUUCAAACUGUGGUCCAGAUGAAAAGUCUGUCUUUUCAAAAAGACUGAGGAAAUUCUGUGUGAACGGAUGUGGAACUAUCUCCAAGAUUUAUUGUGAAGUUAAAAAAAGUGAAGAACAUGAAAACACAGAGUAUGCUGGCCUUUGUGCCAUCUGAGACUAUUUGUGCACACCGUCUCGUUGGAAACCCUGAACAGUGGCUGCCUCUGAAGAGGAACUGGCUGGCUGGGAACAGGGGCAGGAGGGGGACUUGCUUUUCAGAGCAUUUUAUACCUUUUAAAUGUUGUACCGAGUGCCUAUGUAUCUACUUAAAAGAUUUUUUUAAAAAAAGGAAAACCUGCACUAGUGAUUCUGAUGUUCACAAAUAUUAAGAACCAAUGAGAACGAGGCACUCCUGAGACCACCCGGGAGAGAAGGAACAUGUCCCUGGGUGGGAAUGGAGUGGGCACAAUGCAGGCCAGUCCCAAGUGCACACAGCGAGGCUGAAACAGUUGUGUGUGGGAGUCUGGUUCUGACUCACUCUGAUCUGACCCAACAGACACUAGUUUCCUUCUCUGGAAUCUCACUGCCCUUUGGGCUGUGAGCUGUGCUUCUAGCCCUUGGAUUCUGACCCCACCUUUCUUCAAAUCCCUCUGUCAGUUUUCUCUGCCCAAGUCUCUCUUUGGCUUCCCUUCGGCCUCAGGCCUGAGACCUUUUCUUAGCUACUCUACUCUACCCUGGAGUGGCCUGGUUUUGCAGAUAAGAUCUUACUCAGAUGGCAGCAGAUCUGACAUCCCAUGUGACAAUGCUCCCUGGUGUCCCAUUCAGGGAAUUUUCCAUUCUCUCUCUCCUCCCUCCCUC